UCCCGCGACAGGUGGUCGAGUCCUCUGGGGAACACCCUGUGACCCCUGGGCAUGACAGCGCGGGAAAGGGGUCAUGUUGGUGGAGAAAUUGAGGUUGGGGAGUUUCCCUGGCUCCGUCCAACCGAAGGAGCUGGGAUGGAGGCAGGAUGAAGACACUGUUUGAAGAGAUCAAAGCAUCAAUUAAAAAUAACUAUAACCAAGAUCGAUCAUUUUGGAGGCCUGUUCUUCCUUGGGGAGGAGUUUUUACUAUCAAAGCUGGCCGCAAAGCAGUAUCCUGUACACCCCUCUAUGUUGAAAUCAGACUGAAAAAUACCUGCACCAUAGAUGGAUUCUUGAUGUUACUAUAUGUCAUUCUUAAUGAAAAUGAAAGUUUCCCCAGGGAACUCUCUCUCCAUUUUGGCAGGGAGUUUGUAGACUGUUUUCUUUAUUUAAUGGACACCUACAGUUUUACAACUGUGAAGCUGCUUUGGAUUUGGGACAAGAUGGAAAAACAGCAAUACAAAUCUGAAGUUCAUAAAGCUUCAUUAAUAAUUGAUUUGUUUGGGAAUGAGCAUGAUAAUUUUACAAAAAAUCUUGAAAAUCUCAUGUCUACCAUUCAAGAGAGUUACUGUUCUAACUGGCGCUGUCCGACCCGAGUUCAGGAAGAUCAGCAGCGCACAAUUAGUAUAAAUCCUCCCCAAGAAAUUCCACAUGGAAACUUGAUAAGACUGGCUGUGGAUGAGUUAUUCUGUUCCAAGAUUGAACUUUGUGAAGAGCGUGGGUGUGGUGGUUUAAGAGAAUUUUCCCAACGAAUUUUCUGCCAUGGGGCACCCCCUUUUGUUGUGUUAAAUAUGCAGCAUUGGAAACCUGAAGAUCUGGCUUAUGUACCCUAUUACUUGGAUUUAUCUGAUCACAAGUAUUUGCUGGAAGGUGCCACUCUGUUUAACAAAGAGGAACAUCAUUAUUCUGCAGCUUUCCAGAUUGAUGGACAUUGGAUGCACUAUGAUGGCCUCAGAAAUGUGAAUUUAAUUUUGUUAAAUAAACCCCCAGAGUUUCUCCUCUUGUCAUCAUUGGUUUAUAUUCGAGCAACAGAGAAAUAAAUAUAGACUGAUGCUGAAUAAAAUUGUUCUCCCGCUUGCCCAUGCUCCCCUAGAUGAAGGGCUCUUGUUCUGUAUAUACUUGGUAUCCAAGGAAACAGUUCAACUAUACUAGUUUCAGAGAUGUAUUUUUCAUUGUUUUGCCCCAGGUAAAUGUUUUAUAUGGAAGAUCUAUGCAAAAAAUGUAUUUUUAAGUAUUUUCUGGGUUAUUUUUAUAUAAGCAUAUGUUAUGUUCAAAUAAAAUGUAUUUCGUGGCCUUUGUAAUUUUUAUUUAUAUAUACCUCAACAGUUUUUACAGUUCUAUCCUUAAAUCCAAGAAAAUACUUGUCAUUUCAAUUCUAAAUUUUCCUUUUUAGGUACCUGAGUAAAUCCUAGGGUAAAAGUCAGCAUUUUGGUUAUCUGACUAUUUCUUUGCCUUACCUCCAAAGUGCACUAUUGGAUUCAGUAGGAUUUGAAUGUGCAGCUCAUGGAUGAGUUAUUUUACCCAUUACUUAGUUUAUUCUACAUUUUGCCAAUUUCCUUGUAGCAAUUUAAAAGCUAUAUACAAAAAUUUUCUGUAGAUUAAACCAUUUCUUUGUAGUAGCAAGUUACUGUAACUGUUGCUGAAGUGUACAUCCACCAGUACAUUUCAAGCAUUAAGUAAGCCUCUGAUUUCAGUUACUGUAAGCAUUACAAACACAUUACAUAGCAAUCCUAAAUAUCUUACCGUUAAAUGUAACAAAAAUUCCCCAGUAAGUUAUUUUGCAGACAAGGCAACUAUCAAAAGUAUUAGGCAACUGGAUAUUUAUUAGUGUUGGACUAAUAAUAGAAAUGUAUUUAUGUAUUUAAGAGGAAAAUGGAGAAUCUAGUAAUUUUUCUAGUUUAGUUUUUUUUUAUUGGUACAAAAGAAAAAAUAUUUUUAAAAAAAUCAGUAACAUCUGGCUCUCUGGAAACUCCUCAUUGACAUCAGGAGGCUUGGGUGUGUAAUGCCACGGAUGCAGAAUCAAAGCAUUUUACAGUUAGCAGAGCUUCAUCUUUUGUUAUAAAUAACCUAAAGUCACUAUCUUUUUGCAAUUUGAAGGGAAAAUAUUUUCAAGGAAGAAUACUUGAUGAAGUAUUAAUUUUAGUGUUUACAUUACAAUAAAAUAACAUUGUUUAUACUUGGGGAUAAGAUUUGGUGCAGUAUAUCUGAAGACUUUACAUGACAACAGAGUUCACUGCCAAAUACCAAACUGCUAAGGUUUCAUUAUAAAUCUUCCAUUGCUGUGGUGCCAUGUUGAGAUAACAUGCUGUAAGAGUGGGAAAAGGUGGGUGAAAUCUUGCUAACACUGUCUCAUUUGAGUAAAUAUUAUUAAAAUUAUUUUUAAUAUAAGAAUAAGAAUGGCAUUUAAAAAAUAACCCAGGGUUUAUCUAAAUAAAUCCCCAAAUAUGGUAAAUGGAAUUUGAUUUACAGCAAGCUUUUCUAGUAACAAUGUAUUGCAUGAAUCAAACUAUACAAAGCAUAGAUACUAGUGUAUACAUACAUAUAUACAUACAUACAUACAUACAUACAUACAUACAUACAUAGUAUGGUUACAUUAUUAAUGACUUAAGUUGUUAAUGCAGAUUCUUCAGGGAAUUGCACUUUAUUUGGAACAUUAGUUUAUUGUACAAUGACUUACCUACCUCACAGGGUUGUUGUGAGGGUAAAGAUGUUAAAAUUUUUACUACCUUGAACAUGCUAAUAAAAAUAUUUCUACCUCUUUUGUGUAUA